CAGCGAGGUUUCACUAUCGGAGCCUGGGUCAAACUAUUUUAAACACCUGCUUCUGAGGGCUUGGUCUACGGGGACUGGUCUGCACCUUUCCAAUUCGCCUUAAAGAUCGACAAGGAGGGAAAAGUCCACUUCAAAUUGAUGUUUGAUUCUACAAAUACCACAACGUUGACGCCCAAUAGAUCACUCACUUUCGAUGCCUGGACUCAUGUCCUUGCUUCAUGGUCAUAUGUUGAAAGGAUCACGACCAUUUUCAUCGAUGGAAAGCAAGAGGCGACAAACGUUUUGAACAUGGAGCACGCAACUCUUAUGCCCACGAACCAUCAAUAUGAUAUAGGACUGGACAGAAAYGAAAGUAAAGUGCUUCACGCUUAUAUAAGAGAGCUGACUGUUUUCGCUUGGCCAGCCAUACCAACCAAGAGAGUACUUGAUCGAAUCGGUCGAUAUCAGAAACGCGAUGCUGUGUGGACAGGACUGAACGAUCUCUCCCAAGAAAAUACAUUCACCUUUAGUGACGGGACUCCCUUGUCGUUCACAUACUGGAACGAUGGAUGCCCAAAUGAUAAGUACAAGUUUUCAGACUGCGUUUUGUUCUCCUUGGAGACUGGAUUAACCCAUAAGUGGUUGGACGGUUCGUGUGGAUUCGAACUUCCUUAUAUUUGCAGAAGAAAAAUGAACUAGUUGACAAU